UUCCCUGGAUCCCUGAGACACACCAUGGCCACCUGGUGGCGGGCCCUGUGGGCCUAUCGUUCCUACCUGAUCGUGUGGUUACUGCCCAUUUUCCUGCUGCCUCUGCCCAUUAUCAUCGCCACCAAGGAAGCCUACUGUGGCUAUGCCAUCAUCCUCAUGGCACUCUUCUGGUGCACUGAGGCUCUGCCCUUGGCUGUCACCGCCCUCUUACCCCUCGUCCUGUUCCCCAUGAUGAACAUAAUGGAUGCCUCUGAGGUCUGCCUCCAGUACUUUAAGGACACCAACAUCCUGUUCAUUGGGGGGCUGCUGGUGGCCAUUGCCGUUGAGCAUUGGAAUCUGCACAAACGCAUUGCCCUCCGCGUGCUCCUUAUCAUCGGGGUGCGGCCUGCUCUGCUGAUGCUGGGCUUCAUGUUGGUCACGGCCUUCCUGUCCAUGUGGAUCAGCAACACGGCCACCACGGCCAUGAUGGCACCCAUUGCACAUGCUGUCCUUAACCAGCUGCAGCAGGCACCCAAGGGCAAGGACAUUGAGGAGGGAAACAACAACCCCACCUUUGAACUCCAAGAACCAAGUCCCCAGAAGACCAAACUUGAUAAUGGGCAGGUCCAUCCUGUCCCUCCUGGUCCUUUGCAUGCAAGGAAACAGAAGAGCCGGGAAGAGCGCCGCUUUUCCCAGGGCAUGAGCCUGUGCGUAUGCUACUCAGCCAGCAUCGGGGGCAUCGCCACCCUGACUGGCACCACACCCAACCUGGUACUACAAGCCCAGAUCAACGCGCUCUCCCAAAAUGCCAAUCUGGUGAACUUCGCCUCCUGGUUCAGCUUUGCCUUCCCCACCACAGUCAUCUUGCUGCUGCUUGCCUGGCUUUGGCUUCAGGUCCUCUUCCUGGGGUUCAACUUCCGGAAGAACUUUGGCCUUGAGGGACAGGCACAGGAGCAAAAGAAGGCAGCCUUACAAGUCAUCCAAAGAGAACACAAGCUGCUGGGUCCUAUGAGCUUUGCAGAAAUCGGUGUCACCUUCUUCUUUAUCCUCCUGGUGGUGCUCUGGUUCACCCGGGAGCCAGGUUUUUUCCCUGGCUGGGCCGAUGUGGGUUUUCCCCGUAAUGAGCAGGGGGAAAGCGCGGUGUCCGAUGGGACAGUGGCUAUCUUCAUCAGCUUAAUUAUGUUCAUCGUGCCUUCCAAGAUCCCAGGGCUGACUCAGGAUCCAGAAAAACCAACGAGGCUGAAGGCCCCUCCUGCCCUCCUCAACUGGAAGACAGUGAAUGAGAAAAUGCCCUGGAAUAUUGUGUUCCUGCUGGGUGGUGGCUUUGCCCUAGCCGAGGGCAGUGAGGUGUCAGGCCUGUCGGAUUGGCUGGGGGGAAAGCUGACCCCACUGCAGAGCAUGUCGGCUCCCGCCAUUGUCUUCGUCCUCUGCCUCCUGGUUGCCACGUUCACUGAGUGCACCAGCAAUGUGGCCACCACCACACUCUUCCUACCUAUCCUAGCCUCCAUGGCCAAGGCCAUCUGCCUCCACCCUCUUUAUGUCAUGCUCCCUUGCACUCUGUCUGCCUCCCUGGCCUUCAUGCUGCCUGUGGCCACCCCGCCCAAUGCCAUCAUCUUCUCUUUUGGAGGCCUCAAAGUGACUGAUAUGACUUCUCCAACUCUUCUUAGACAUGAGAUCCUCAGACCUCAGGGACUCAUGGCAGCUGUGCUUGGGCCCAGUUCCUCUGGAGACGUCCUUAAGUGUCUUCCAUGCCAAUGGAGUAAGACUUGGAAGGCCCGGGAAGUGGCAGGCUUGUCUUGGGAACUCACUUUGGGAAGAGAAGUCUGGCUCACAUUGAGCAGAAGUGGAUAGAAGAUGGCCAGUCCUAAUGUGGGGUACAAGGAGGGGGGGCCCUCCACCAGCACACUGGGGCUCCCAAGGGUGGGAACAGGCUCUUCCUUCUCUCUGGAGUCACCAGAGUCUUGCCUCAGACUGGAGCAUGGCAGACAUUGGCCCCAGGAAUUUUCACCCCUAGUCAGGGCUGCUACUGGCUCAAAGCAGCCCAGCCCAGGGCAGAGCUCUGCAGCAGACAAUGAACCGGUUCUGACCUCCAGUCUCCAGAAAGACAAGAGAUUCCUCUGGUCCCAGUCUGUUUAACUAGCUCCAGUGGCAACCCAUCCAGGCCAUGGCCCAGCUCAGCUACAACUUCAGGCCUUAAAAUUAGGGUGCUGGAGUGUGUGGGAACCAAACCUCCAGAAAGAAGUCCUUUCCAGCGGAGCAGAGCACAACACUACAGCAGCAGAGUUGAAGCUAGACACGAGGACAGACUUUCUGGGCAUAGGAGAAAACUCUGAGGGGCUGGUGUGAUGAGAGAAGGAGAGGAUGGUUCUGUCUGGGGGCAGAAGAUGAGGAGAAGGACCUCACAAACCCCCUUUCAGUCCACGGUUCUCUGGAAUUCCUGAGGCUCCUGCUUCAACUCCCAGACGGCAUGCAAUGAGGAAAUAGUGCUUCCCAAAGGAAAGAUGGAGCCAGAGCCCACACCCAUUCCCGGGGCAGAGGUGGAUCCGGUCUCAGGAGAGAAACAUGUUCAUCUCACCCAUCUGAAGCAGAGUCUCACUGGGGUGAAGGUUGAAAAACCACAGUCUCUCCGGUCAUCCCAUCACAGCCUUCCUGGGACCCUUGGCUGCUGAAUUAAUUUGCAACUCCUUGAUGUUUAAUGAAGUUGAAAAAUCUUCUCAUUUGUUUUUUGGCCAUUUGCAUGUCAUCUGUGAAUUGCUUAUUUGAGUCCUUUGCCCAUUAUUCUGUGAGAUUGUCUUUCCUCCUACUUAUUUAGAGGAGCUCUUUAUAUAUUAUAGAUAUCAACCCUUUGUUAUAUAUGUUGCAACACUUUC